CUUACAACGUGGAGAAUGAAGAAAUGUAGCUCAUCAUUAUGUAGUACAUGUCUUCAUGAAUUACAAUUAACUUUUUUAUGGACUGUGUUCAACAUGGAAGACGACGAAAAAUCAGAUCGUGCAAAAAUUGACCUUCUUCAUCCUGAAAUCCUCUCUAAAGAUGGGCUCAUCGUCCUUUUACAAGAAAAAAAUGUUCCACUUGUUGACCCAGAGAGCCUAAACAAGGAGGCCCUAGUAGACAUGUAUUAUAAAAGUAUACUCCCACUUCCCCAGAGGAAACACAGACUAAAUAGACGUGGUCGGGAAAUUACAAAAAGACAGAUCUUGACUGCCAAAAGACAGAAGAUUACUGCCCCAGGACAAAAAGAAAGCACUCCACAGAAUACAUAUACCAUAGGCAAAGGAGAUUCUGUAAAACCUGCAGUGACUCAAAAACCAUGCGCUACAAAGGGAAUACUUAAGAUUACAUCACCAAAAUCAGAACAAUCUACAGGCCCAAAUAAGACCAGUGAAUCAACCAAGAACCCUGUUACUAUUUCUCCAAUAUCAAUUAUUAACAAACACAUCCAGUGUAAAACAGUUGCAUCAAAAGACGACAAACUGGAGGCAAAAUCAGACGGUACAAUUUUGGGUAAAAGAUCAGCAGGGACAAAUGACAGCACCGGAAGUAAGAUCAGUAAAGAAGCUGAUGCCUUGAAAACAAAGUUUAAAAGGGUGCAGAUAAAAUGGCCUUGACCAUCUAUUAGUAUUCAUUAUGACCUGCCUCUAAAAAUAUAAUUGCUGUAGAUGAAAAAUAAAGAGGAGAUUUAGUGAAUUAGCUUGGGAUUCAGAACACUGGCACAAAGUGAACAUUCAUAUUUUAUCUUUUGGUUUGAUCAUUUCAUGAAAUUUCUCUUUAAAAUUUGAAUGAACCAUUUGGCUUUUAUGCAUUUCCAUACAAUUAAGAGUAUUAACUACAUGACUAUCAACAUAAUUCCUUGCUAAUUCCUCCCAAUUUCUCUCUAUUUUGCAAUUCAAAAUAUGACCCCUAUGAUAUAUUCUUAUGGGCUGAGAACUCUCAAUCAGUACUCUCAGUAAAGGUUAAUGGCUAUUUAAAAUUGUAUAAUGUAAGAUCAUCUAGAUAGAUGCAAUAU